CCUAUGGUUAAAGUCAGUUAAAGCAUGAGUACGCUUAGUGUUUAGUGACGUUUAGGUUUAGCAAAUCAAGAAUGUUAGGAAUUCAUAACAUUACAUGAAUGAAGCUUCAGUUUUUCAAGACUUUUUCGAAGAGAAAAUUUUAUGAUGGAUUUAUGACAUAACAACUAGAUGUUAUAUGAAAAAUGAUACAUAAGAAUUCAUCUCACCUAUAAGAUGGCUGCUUGGAUCAACAUAACUUCAAAACUGGAGCAUGGUUUGAAGAUAGUGGCUCGAGUAGAUAAUAGCAAAUUCCGACUUCUUGUUAACCGUAUAUGCCAGACCCUACAAUCGAGCAUUGACAUGAAGGUGUUCAAUGAAAAGGAAGAGGAAAAGCUGUUAGUUUCCUUAGAUCUGACGAAAAAUGAAUUAGCUCUUCUGCUGGAUACUAUUACAUCUGUCUACACGCAGGCUGCAUGUAGCGUUGUCAAACCAUCUGUCAUGGAAGCAGUCAUAAAAGAUAAUUUUAAAUUAGACGAAGAAAAAAUGUCAAUCUUUACAAAUGCCUGGAUGACUUAUGGAAAGGGUAUUGUAGAGAAUCUAAGGCAACAGUCUAUUUUUCCUACUCAGGUGAAAGAUAUCAAUUGGUGCCUAAAUGUGCAAUCAUCGUCCUCUGCAAUUUCCAAAGAUGCACGACCUGUAGCAUUGCUCCAACUAGGUCUGACUGGUGAUAAGACAUCUACGUUAACAAUGGAGUUUGACAAGAAGCAAUUAACAGAGCUUUAUUAUAAUUUAGAAAAAAUCCAAACUCAGCUAGAUGCUCUUAAAUAACAUGGUUAAUGUAGCUAUUUAUACACUACGCUUAUAUACUAUAAGUAAUCAAUAAGUG